GCUCCAGAGGACCGCUUCCGGGUCGACCCAGAAGUGGAUCCUCGCGCGAUUGUGGCGGCGUUGGUAGGCCUGGCCUGGCCUUUUCUCUGCUGCUUUCCCUCCUGGAAAGAGGUUUUAAGGAGAAAGGAAGGCUUCGCGGGCUCCUUCUUCGGCGGAGGCCCGAGAGCGGCGUAAGGAGGCACUUCAGCCUUUUCUUUUCAAUCGCCUUGAAGCACAAAAGCCUCCGUCAUGGAUUUCCAGCACCGUCCGGGGGGCAAAACGGGCAGCGGAGGGGUGGCCUCUGCUUCGGAGAACAACCGCGACCGCAGAGAGCGGCUGAGGCAGCUGGCCUUGGAAACCAUCGACAUCAACAAGGAUCCCUAUUUUAUGAAAAACCACUUGGGCUCUUAUGAGUGCAAGCUUUGCCUGACGCUGCACAACAAUGAGGGAAGUUACUUGGCACACACUCAGGGGAAGAAGCAUCAGACCAAUUUAGCUCGGCGAGCUGCAAAAGAAGCCAAGGAAGCCCCAGCCCAGCCUGCCCCUGAAAAGGUGAAGGUUGAAGUCAAGAAGUUUGUGAAGAUUGGGCGGCCGGGUUAUAAGGUAACCAAACAGAGGGACCCAGAGACAGGCCAGCAAAGUCUGCUUUUCCAGAUAGAUUACCCAGAGAUCGCAGAGAGCAUCAUGCCAAGGCAUCGGUUCAUGUCAGCAUAUGAGCAAAGGAUUGAACCCCCUGACCGCCGCUGGCAAUACCUUCUGAUGGCAGCUGAACCAUACGAGACAAUUGCUUUCAAGGUCCCAAGCAGGGAGAUUGAUAAAGCUGAAGGGAAGUUCUGGACUCACUGGAAUAGAGAAACGAAACAGUUCUUCCUUCAGUUCCAUUUCAAGAUGGAGAAGCCCCCCGCGCCCCAAAGCAUCCCCGCCGGACCAGCCACAGUGAAGAGGCCCCCGCCUCCACCUCUCAUGAACGGCCUGCCCCCUCGGCCGCCACUCCCGGAGUCCAUCCCGCCCCCUCCUCCGGGAGGCAUGGCCAUGCCCCCUAUGCCUCCCCCCACAGGGCCUGUGCCCUUGCCCCCGGGACCGCCUCAGCUGCCUCCAGCUCCAGGCGUCCCUCCUCCAGCCCCAAUGCCCCCAAUGCUCAGGCCCCCCCUCCCCCCAGAAGGUCCCGGGAUAUUUCUCCCCCGCCCCCCCACCAGUUGAAAAGAUUCCCCUCGUUCCGUUUCUCCGGUUUUGCAAUGCCAUUUUUCAUCUUGGUUUUUGUCGUUUUUUUAAAAACUGAGUACGCCAGUGACUUUUGCCUAGAAUCUUAUAUAGCUGUAUUAAAAGCAACAAAAACCUC